UGCGCAUGCGCGUUGCCAGGCGGGGUUGCAUGGGCAGUCUCCGGCGUUAGAGCGGAGCGGGGAUCAGAUCGAUGUGUUACCUGUCCGUCUCCGGAGAAUAGAGCCAACCCGGAGGGUGGACCGAGCGGAAAUCACCGGGGAGGAGAAGAGGAGGAGGAUGGGGGGCACACGGCACCACUGACACCCAUGGCACACAGACUGCUCUGCCUGGACUAUCUUUUCGGGGUUACAACAGCUGUCCCAUCACCAUGAAGAAGUCACUGGUCUUCCAUGUAUGCGGUCUGCUAUGUAGCAUACUGUUGGUGUCACCAAAGGCUUCAUGUUUUUCUCUUCAGAUGCUAAAGAAAAGGGACAUCCAAGAUGGAAAUGGAGAGCUUGUUGGGAUGGGUGUCCCUGAAUCAUUGCCUGGUGGAUCACUUCUUCCAACACCAUCUACCAUACUCAAGGAUGUCAAUGUGUCUGUGAUCUUGCCAAAUGUUGUGCCAAUUGUGCCAGAGGAAAUACAAAACAGCUCUGGACUUCUGAACACCAGCAAUGUUAACACAUAUCCAGAGGCAAAUAAUGUUAGCGUUGCUAAUGAAGCUGGCCCCUCUAGUGAGAAUGGUCUUCUGACUACACUUGGCUCUAGCACUGAUUACCCAACUGGUGUCACAUCUCUUGGUAUACCUAGCCAAGGAGAUCCAAAAGGACCUAGCCAGCUUCCAGAUGAGAAGAGUGUAAAUUUAGAUCAAAGCAGUUUGGACAAUUCAUCCCAGGUUAACACCAUCGAGAUGUUAACUACCAAUCCUAGAACCAGCAUUUUUAAGACGGAAGAUAACCAGCCCACCACAUCCUCUCCACUCAUUGGUCAGAUGAUUACCUUUGUUAAUGCAAUAACAUCUGAAAGUCCCACAGGCUUGGGAACCUCAACGUUGGACAACCAAAAUAACGAUAGUUUGUCCUCUACAAUGUCACAAAUUAACGAGGAAUGGGAUGACACCAAAGGUACAACCCAGAGGUCUGACACCGCUAGUAGUGAUGGUAUAACCCCAAGUCCAGACCAGGUGUUGGAAAAUGAAAGCAGUAAGACUGCCGUGUUUACAAUUCAUUCGGGAGUGACUGUCCCAUCUGAUGACAAAUCUGUAUUCAGUACUGACGAAAAGACGACUGAAGAAAAGCUUAUGGAAACAGACGUGUCUCCUGGACCUGAUACAGAGGACUUCCCUACACCACUACCAAGUACGGCGAUCGAUGGCGCCCAAGCUCAAGAUUUUCCAGUGUAUACAGCAGAUGUCAAGCAGCCAAACAUGGACAUAAGUGAGAACACAAAUGUCACCGUGGCACCUGCUAUCACUAUGGAUGUUUCAAGUCAAGAAACCAUCAGGGAGCCUGGCAUGAUUGAUAAAGCAGAAGAGACGGCGAAGGAGAGUACAGCUCCACAGGUGGUGAUACCCCGCAAUGAGUCUGCUACCGCUUCUCCCACUACGACUCAGGCCUUACCCAUUGAAAUGCCAAGCACUCAAAGUACACUCAAUGGUUCACUCGCUAAGGACGAAGAUGAUUUGGCUGGUUCAGUAUCUUCAGUUGUACUUAAAGCACCAGCAGAGACUGAAUCCUCCACUGUUACAGCGGCCACAUCUGUCCCCCAAGCCAGUAUGAUGGCUCCCCCAGCAAGAAGAAUCACAGCAACACCAGCCUUUGGGUCAGAUAGACUGGAAUCGGAUGAAGGCGAUGAGGAAGAAGAUGAGGACGAUGAAGAUGAUGAGGCGGAUGAAGAUGAAGAAGACGAGGAGGAUGAAAAAGAUAAUGACUCCGUAGAUGACAGUGCAGAGAGAGAUUCUGACUUGCCUCUCUUUACUCUCCCUGGACUGUCCUCCCAAGAACCACUGGAAGACGAUAGCAACGUCGCUCUCAUAGAGGGAGCCGCUUAUCAAGUGCCUGACACCAUGGAGUGGGAGCAACAAAACCAAGGACUUGUAAGAAGUUGGAUGGAAAAGCUAAAAGACAAGGCGGGGUACAUGUCUGGGAUGCUGGUACCAGUGGGAGUUGGCAUAGCUGGAGCACUUCUUAUCCUCGGAGCUCUGUACAGCAUAAAGAUUAUGAAUCGCCGCAGGAGAAAUGGUUUCAAACGGCAUAAAAGAAAGCAGAGAGAAUUUAACAGCAUGCAAGACCGCGUCAUGCUCUUAGCAGACAGUUCAGAAGAUGAAUUUUGAAUGGGACUGUUCGGAGCUGCGAAGAGGACUUCAUGACAGUUCUGCAAAGAUGAGAACACCAGUCCUGCAAUCUCACUGCUAUCAGCCAGCUGUGUAACAACCCUGUAGUGAUCAUCAUGCAUUGAGAUCGGCAGCAUGCUGUCUUGUACAUGUCUGUUUUUAUACGACAGUGAAAUGAUACGUGUUAAUAUGCAGAGUCUUAGUGCAACUGUGAUAUAUGUUUUAUAGCAGGCUAUUUUUUGUACUGAGUUACGUUGUAACAAUCACUAUGCUGAUCUUGUUGGAACAAUGUAAAUUGUAAGAAUUAUGGUACUGAUGGAAGCUGAAUUUACAGUGUAGGGUAACGGUAAUAUAAUAUAAAAAAUUUAAUUUAGCUGCCACCAGUAGCUCUGAAGGCCGAGCAGAUUCAUUGGGGGGUAUUUUCUGCUCGCAUGUUUCGUGCAGGGAGAACAGAGCACAUCUGGCAUUUGUAGUAAGAUCUUAUAGAGCCCCUUGAGCAUGCAUUGAGUAGCAUACAGAUUAUUCUUUCACAGAGCGGGAUGGAAGGCAGUGAGACUGUCUGCCUUCAAUGCUCAUGAUGAAUGGUUACAGAUGGGUUCCUGCAUAUUCCUUAAAGUGCCCAGUAAAUCCAGCAUACAACUUCAUACACAAUAUUGCAAAAAAAAAGAAAAAUGCACAGAUGUGUCUUCGCUUUAUGAGGACAUCUUGUGAAUGAUACACAGAUUAGCAUGGCCACUCCACAAAGAUGACACAGAAAUUCAUGAAGUGCUCCAUAUUUUUUUAAAACCAAUACACGUGUAUUCCUGUAAUACACCUUUUUUUGAUAUAGUAGUAGGGGCUGGUAAAAAAUAUGAUGCUCAGUUAUAUGUGUGCUGGCAUUUGUUAUGUUCAUUUUGCCCAAUAUCUAAUUGGUAUGUAUAGUAAUUUUUUUUCCCCGCAGAUUUUGUUUUCUUAACAUUUCUCUUUGGGCAGAAUAUUUUUUUUUAAAAGACUAAAAUGUUUAAAGGAUAACUGUUCUUUAAAUACAUGUAUCCUUUAACUGAGACUAACCCCCCGCCCCCCAAAGUCGUAUUAAUAACCUCCACUUGCUUCUGCCAGAUCCACUUUGUGGCCCACUGGGAGUCGCAGUGGCUGGGCAGCUACUUCUGCACAUGCACAGAAAAGUCUCCAGUCUAUCCUAUGGGAAGGUCACCACUGCUGGCAUAUGUAAUUGGUGACCUCUCCAUAUGAAUAUGGAUACCCUCCAGCUCAACAUACUUCGAUCUGAAAAUGGAAGGAGCCAGGCUGAAAAUUGUCGGCCGGACAGUGGCUAUUUAAUCACAUGCUGUUAUGGUUCAGAGUCACACAGCAUGGAUGUGGCAAGAGCAACACGGGUGCAUAUAAAGCUGGCCCUGCAGGUUGAAUGAAAGUAAUCUAUUGAUUUUCUCAUCUGUGCUAAACAGCACCCAUGGACAAGCCUAGCUAUUGUAUUCUGACAGCUAGCACUGUUGACUGUCAAAAUAUCUGAACCAUAACAGCAUGUGAUUAAAUAGCCACUGUCCGGCCGACAAUUUUCAGCCUGGCUCCUUCCAUUUUCAGAUCGAAGUAUGUUGAGCUGGAGGGUAUCCAUGGUUUGAUAUUCAGGAACUGCCAACUUUCGCUAAGUGUAUGACAAGCUUAUGAGUUUGAUGCGGUGUUGAGGGAGGGGGGACGCUUUUAAAACUAUACUGAAAGUACAGUUAUCCUUUUAAUACACUAUUUUGCCUUAAUCAGAUUUUCAAAUUGAUUAAUUGAUUGAUUUUUAUUGUUGAAUGAAAUAGCUUUCAUAUGUGGUAUGUCAGAUAUUAUCCAUUUUGCUUCUUUUUUUUUUU